AAUUACUCGCAAAUUCCGUCUAUUCCAGACUUGCAGUGUCAAGGCUCAAAAGGAAACCUGUGUUGUGCUUUAGGCAAGUGGGGCAAAAUCAAGAAGCUCGACCACCGCCGUACCGCCGCCGUACCGCCGCAAAACCAAAAUCCGACGACAGUUUAUUUAAUUUUGGAUUCCACAGCCGCCGGAGAAGACGGUAUGACUUCUUCUCUUUAUUAUCUCGUCUUUAUUUUGGGUUUUAAGAGAAGAUAGAAACCUGGUGAUGAUGUUGCCUUAGCCUUAGCAAGAGAAUAGAAUAGAAAGAAGAAAGGGUUUUCACUGCGCAGUUGAGCCGAGGACGAUUGGACUAUGGCUUUAACAGCCCCUGGCCAGCAGCUUAACCUUAACGAGUCUCCCUCUUGGGGAUCAAGAAGUGUCGAUUGUUUCGAAAAAUUGGAGCAGAUUGGCGAGGGCACUUACGGUCAAGUUUACAUGGCCAGGGAAAUAAGGACAGGUGAAAUAGUUGCUUUGAAGAAAAUAAGAAUGGACAAUGAAAGAGAGGGGUUUCCCAUAACAGCAAUCCGUGAAAUCAAAAUUCUAAAGAAGCUACAUCAUGAGAACGUGAUCAAGUUGAAAGAGAUUGUGACAUCUCCUGGUCCUGAAAAGGAUGAGCAGGGGAGGCCAGAUGGUAACAAGUAUAAAGGUGGAAUAUACAUGGUCUUUGAAUACAUGGACCAUGAUUUGACAGGUCUUGCUGAUCGUCCUGGGAUGAGAUUUUCAGUUCCUCAGAUUAAGUGUUAUAUGAGGCAGCUUUUGACGGGGCUUCACUAUUGUCAUGUAAACCAAGUACUUCAUCGUGAUAUCAAAGGCUCUAAUCUUCUCAUAGACAAUGAGGGUAAUCUGAAGCUUGCUGAUUUUGGGCUUGCCCGAUCAUUCUCAAAUGAUCACAAUGCAAAUCUAACCAAUCGUGUAAUUACUUUAUGGUACAGGCCUCCUGAAUUGCUGCUUGGGACAACAAAGUAUGGUCCAGCUGUUGAUAUGUGGUCUGUUGGCUGUAUUUUUGCUGAACUUCUUCAUGGGAAGCCAAUUUUUCCUGGAAAAGAUGAGCCUGAACAAUUAAAUAAGAUUUUCGAGUUAUGUGGAGCUCCAGAUGAGGUGAAUUGGCCUGGAGUUUCCAAGAUUCCUUGGUAUAACAAUUUUAAACCAACAAGGCCAAUGAAGAGACGUCUAAGGGAGGUUUUCAGACAUUUUGACCGUCACGCAUUGGAGCUAUUGGAGAGAAUGCUGACUCUUGAUCCUUCUCAGAGAAUAUCUGCAAAGGAUGCACUUGACGCUGAGUAUUUCUGGACUGAUCCAUUGCCUUGUGACCCCAAGAGUUUGCCCAAAUAUGAAUCAUCACACGAAUUUCAGACAAAGAAAAAGCGCCAGCAACAGAGACAACAUGAUGAGAAUGCAAAACGCCAGAAACUGCAACACCCGCAGCAGCAUGGCCGCAUUCCACCAAUUCAGCAGUCUGGGCAGGCACAUCCACAGAUGAGGUCAGGGCCUAAUCAGCCCAUGCAUAAUUCUCAGCCUCCAGUUGCUACAGGGCCUAGCCACCAUUAUGGGAAGCCUCGUGGGCCAGCAGGUGGUCCAGGUAGAUACCCACCUAGUGGAACAAGUGGAGGAUACAAUCAUCCAAAUCGUGGAGGUCAAGGUGGUGGAGGUUAUGGGAGCGGGCCAUAUCCUCCACAAGGGCGGGCACCACCCUAUGGUUCAAGUGGCAUGACUGGUGCUCCUCGUGGUGGAGGGAGCAGUGGGUAUGGAGUUGGUGCUCCAAAUUAUCCUCAAGGUGCACCAUAUGGGAGCUCUGGUGCUGGUCGUGGCUCAAACAUGAUGGGUGGAAACCGCAACCAGCAGUAUGGUUGGCAACAAUAGUGCGGCUUGAUGACCAAAUGUACUAUAAGAGCAUAUUUAAGUGACUUCAGAUUGAGAAGUCAUAUGAUUAAAAUGGUUAGUGCUUGGAGUUUUUCCCUGCUUCUUGUGCACUUUCUAUUUGAUGUGUUAUGUCGGUUAUAAUACCCUUCAAUGAGCUGCGAAGAUUCUUGAACUGAGAAUUUUCUUUUUAUAAUACCCUUACAUGCUUCUCUAA